UCCUCAUGGAGUAGAAAAGAUGAAAUUUGAAUGUCAAAUCUUCACUGAUCUACAGAGAAUGUUCGGCUUGUUCUGUUCAGAUAGAGGAAGAACUCUGGUCCAGAUCUAAGCCUAGUACACAGACAUCUGAAACCAGCUUCAGGAGUUGCAGGAAGAACUGCAUAAACAGAAUGGCUGUCAUAUUGGCUGUUCUGAUGACCAUUUGCAUGUUUAGCCCAGGGCUUUCAAUAGACAGUCGUGGGACGAGUUUCAUCACAGCAUUCCCAGAGAAUGUUGCCUAUUAUUAUAAAAAAUCCUUCAAUCAACUCAAGAUCACUAGCCUGCAUGAGUACACUGAGGUCACCGUCUAUAUGGGUGAAAUGAGGAAGAAAGUCAUCAACGAAAGUGGGAAAACUUGGAUUUUAAAUUUUACUAAGGACUUUGAGGAAUACCGGUUAACAUCUUCCAAUAUGUCUGUCAGAAUCACCAGCGAUAAAAAUAUCACAGUGCUUUCUGUCUCUGGGUGGUGGGGGAGAUUCCAGUCUCAUGUUGUCCAGCCUGACCAAAAUCUUGGAACAGCUUAUCAGGUCCCCACUCUCAAUUAUACUAAGCUAGUCGCAUCCUUUAGUGAUGUGACAAAUACAGAGGUGAGGUACAACUCUUUUAGGUUGCUCGUUAUCAAUGCAGAGAACAAAGACAACAAUGUCACCUUCAAAAGGGUAAAAGAAAGCGGUGAGGAAAUUGAAAAUACAACAACCCUUGAGCCUUACGAUAUUUUCCAGCUUCGGAGUAAUGGUGAGGUGAAAGAAAUCAAAGCGACGUCCAAAGUGGCUGUGCUGCUGACCCAUCCAUGCGUUAUCACCCAAAAUCCCUGCUCAUGCAACAUGGUGUUGCAUCAGCUUCACCACUCAAAUAUAACAGGGAACCAAGAUGGUAAAGAGACUUUCUAUCUGCCCUUCACCUCUAAUAUCCUACAGCUGCUACUAACAACAAGUCAGACCGUCAAUAUCAAUAAUGGUUCUAUGUUUAGUGUUGAGAUUCAAGGGCCAGUUUCAUCAGACAUCCUGCCAUCAUUCCCAAUUAUCAGUAUGGGUUUUAUGUAUAAUAUAGAUAAGCCUGUUUCCCUCCAGUUAAUUAGCCCUGGACUCAUUCUGGACCUCAUUCCAAAAAGCAAGUUCGCUGCCUGCUUCCUUGUACAUCAUCAUCCUUCAGGCAGUGGGGCCUUGGUGAUUGCAAACAAAUCCGAACAAGAUGGUGUGCGAAAAAACCAACAACCUUUGAGUUCAGACUGGAAAGAUAUGGGUGGCUCAGAGUCACAGUUCUCUUGGACUGUAUUGCAUUUAACAGAAUCAAGCACUAUCUGGCAUAUUACCUCAAAGAUUGCAGUGUAUAUGAUAGAUCGUUGGAAUUCAGAUGGAAACAUGCCUGUCUAUGGAAGUUCAGCUAUAACCAUAAAUGCAGAUCCAGAUCCCAAUGGCUGUAUGGUGACUCCUGAGAUGUAUAUAGUUGGUACCGAUGAAAUGAGCUGGUCAAAGUCCCAUCAGUAUUGCUUUAAUAAAUUUGAUCAGUUUGCCAGGGUCAUCUCUACUGAGAACAAGACUAAGUUUGUCACGAACAUGACCAUGCUCUCGACAGCCAAAGAUCAAGGGGACGGGUGGAUCAGUCUGCGCCGUGACCUGUUCACUACAGAGUGGUACUGGAGCAGCAGUAAUGACAAUAACAAAUUAAAUGUGGUCGAGAGCUUUUGGGAAAAUGGGCAGCCUGAGAAUCCUGAGAAAGGCAUGUGUGCCUCAGUGAACCUGGUUGCUACUAAGGACUUCAGUUGGAAGGUCGCACGCUGCUGUUCUAAAAAGAAACCGAUCUGUUUUAACCAAACAAAAUAUCUUAUUCAUCUCUCAGAUCUGACACCUUAACACUGACAUCUUAUUACAGUGCCUGCAAGGUGAAAUCCUUCACAUUUCACUUUACUGCAAUUUGGCUCUAUCUGUUUAAAUUACAACCUCUAAUCAAACGUUAGUAAAUAAUUUAAGCCUUAGGAAUGCUAUGUAUAUAUGGAUGUUAUAUACUUCAAAUACUUGAGAAUGGCAUUCAAAAUGUAACUGCAACUGUUAUUGUGAUGUUUGCAUGUUGAUGAAUGAUUGGCCUCUUUUAAGCAGCCAGGUUAUGUGAUUUAUUAAUGAAGAGUGAGAUGUAGUUAGGGAGUAUCAAUCAAUCAAUCAAUCAGUCAACCAAUCAAACUCUCUCUAUAGUUUGAAAAGAUGCAUUAUUGGUGUAUAAUUUUAUUAAAACUUACUUUACUAAACAUUAUUCUUUUGCUGCCUUGCAAGCACUGGUUUUUAAUUCAGGAAAGGUAAUUGAAGUUAUUUUCUUGUCUUAGUCAAAGGAACCAAACAAUGUGAUAAAAUAGGCUUUUGUUCUUAGUAUAACAACUUGUUGAUUAUAUAUGAACUGUUAAUUAAUGCCAUAGCUGUGUUUGUUAUUAUUGAAUUAGUUUUAUUAAAUUAAAAUAAUUAAAUUGAUUAUUGAUUGAAUUGAGUUUGUUUGAUUUAGACAUGUAUGGUGGUUGCUCCUCUGUGCAAAUAUCCCAUUUCUCUGUCAAAGAGAACUGGUAUUUUCAGCAGUCCCCAAAAAAGAUUACAUUAAAUUCCAAGUAAGACAUUCUCAAUAUUUAUCUUUCUUGUAUCUAUACAUAGUUAUGCCCCUAUGUUAGAUUAGAUGUAAAACAUGCUACCUCUUGUAGAGCUAACAUUUUUAGGCUAGGCAGGAACAUUACUGUGAUUUUAAUUAUUAUUAAAGAAUGUCAAUAGAACAACAAUGUAGACCUGUAGACAUUUGUAUUAAAUGUUUUUUUAACUUGUCACAGUAAAAAAUGACAUUUUAUUUA